GCACCGGCAGCAGCCCGGCAGCGGUGUCCAGCACCGGGAGCAGCACCGGGAGCAGCUCCAAGCACCAGGACCCGCACCGGUACCGGCGCCGACAUCAGAACCAGUCCUGACAGCAGCAGCAGCACCGGCACCAGUAUCCACACUGGUACCAGCAUCAGCAUCGACACCGGCGUCAGCACCUAGAUCAGCACCGGCAUCACCAUCAGCAUCAGUAUUAACACCGGCAUCACCGUCAGCACCAGCAUCAGCACCAGUAUCACCAUUAGAACCAGUAUCACCAUUAGAACCAGUAUCACCACCAUGCACCAGUAUCACCACCAUGCACCAGUAUCACCACCUGCACCAGCAUCACCAUCACCACCAGUAUCAACCCCAACGCCAGUACCGACACCGACGCCGGAUCCUGCACGGCCCAGCCCGAGCUGGGGUCACUCAUCCCGCCUGCUCCCACGGACGAGGGGACCGUGACUUGCCGCCUGCCCCAGAGCCGCUCCGAGGGGCACAGCGGGCUAGCAUGACCGAGGUGGAGCCAGUGCUGGACUUCGCAUCCUCCGGGAGGACCGGGCGGCGCAAUGCCCUGCCCGACAUCCUGGGCUCGCCGGCGGGCGUCAGCCCCUCCGACCUGCCCCUCAAGCUGGCCGAGAUGUCCCUGAGCGCAGGCAGCUCCCAGGAGAUGCAGUCACCUUCCACGGAGGUGCCCCCACCGCAGCCCCAAAGCCCCGAGCUGAAGGACACGUCCUAACCCCGCUCGGGGCCGCGUUUCUGACCGCCAGGAGAAGGGAGGCCGUGGAGCACCAGCCCAGCUUUCCUGGCACGGCCGGAGCCUGGUGGCCCUCCCUGGGCACCAUGCGGCCACCGCAUCGCCCGAGCCCCGCGGGAGAGGAGCCACGUGGGGACCUGUGGGGACCAAGGGAAGCUUCACACCCGCGCCGGGCGAGGACGGGGACGUUUGCCCUGCGGGAGGACAGUUUUCUGCCAUGGCACGUGGAGGGGUUGCACUGGGGGGGAUUUUCUCCUCCUCUCGGCAGCAGCCGUGCCAGGGGGGCUACGCCAGGAGCGUGAUGAGCAGCCCGGGGGGGUUUGUCUGAGUGUGUUGUUCACUGUGAUGUUUUGGGUACCACGUCCGUGUCCUGUCCUUUUUCCAGUGAUCCAAGAUCUGUUUUUUGUUUUGUUUUGUUUUGUUUUGUUUUUUACUUUUUUUAAUUGAGGAUACAGAGGGGGGGCAUCAAUGGGCUGGAGAACACAGCCCCCCAGCAGCAAGCACCUCGCCAAGGGGUCCCCCAUGGAGCUGGGCACCCCAGGGUGCUCCUUGCCCAGGGGGAGAUGGGACCUCAGCUCCUCAGCUGCUUCUCCAAGUCCCAGGCACUGGGAGCCCCUCGCAAAGCCAUGCUCUGGGAAGGUGACACCCCUGCCAUGGGCUGUGGGUGAUUUUGGAGGGUGUGAGGCACAGUGAUGCUGUUUUGGGCAUCCCCAGCCCCGCUCAUCGCCCUGUCCCUCCUGCCAGGGCCACCCGCAGCACAGGACGGGCCAUGCAGCCUGGCCCCAGGGCUGGUGGCACGGCUGGGACAGGCACCCAAAGCUGUCACUGUGGGACCAGCAAAUAAAACCCAAAGCCCAGAUCUGCCCAGAGCCGGGGUGGACGAGGGCUGUGCGGGGUGGGUGGCACCCAGAGCCACUGUGGGUGUCUGUGGGCAUGGGCACCAGUGUGUGUGGGCACCUUUGUGCACCCAUGUGUGGGUGUGGGUAUGGGCGGGGGUGUCAGUGUGCAAUAAGGCGUGGGUGCCUCUCUGGGUGCCUGUCUGUGUGUGCACAGCCACGUCUCACCAUCCCGCUGCCUGGAGGGAAGGCUGGGUGCACAUGAGGAGCCCAGGACUGUGCAGAUUUGGCACACUGGUGCCCAGGGACAGCACUGGGAGGGGUGGGGCAGGGACAGCCCCUGCUCUGUUUGUCCCCUCCAGGCCUGGCCCCAUCCUGUGGCACCAGGAGCGGGGUGUUCAGAGAGCACUGAGCCCCAUGGGGGGCGGCUGGUCGACUCCCCAAGGACUGGUUUGGGCAAUAAACUGUGCGCAUUGUC